GUCGAUGGGUUAAAAGGCCCGCUCCGGCCGGCGGGUCGAGUCAGUCUGUCCCUGGCCUGGCCCUUUAUCGGGACGCAUUUUCCGAGCGUUGCAGUUGCAGUUGCCGUUGCCGUUGCAGUUGCUGAGCAGGUGCAGGUGGCUACCCCCCGCUGCCACCGUGACGUGAAGCGAUGAGAGUGAAGAGGGAGCGGCCGGGCCCGCUGAGCUGGCUGCGCCACCUGCUCGACGAGCUCCUGGUGCGAAUCCUCAGCCUGAGCCUCUUUCGGGCCAAGUGCAAGCCGCCGCCUGCGGACAGCUUUUCCGGGCUGGAAUCGUCGCCCGUUGCCAAAUACGUGCCCAUUCCGAGGGUGAAGGGACUGCCGCUAGUCGGGACCCUACUGGAUCUUAUCGCCGCCGGAGGAGCCACGCACCUUCAUAAGUACAUCGAUGCCCGGCACCGGCAGUAUGGACCUAUCUUCCGGGAGCGACUGGGCGGCACUCAGGAUGCAGUGUUCGUGUCGUCAGCGAAUCUGAUGCGUGGAGUCUUCCAGCACGAGGGUCAGUAUCCGCAGCAUCCGCUGCCGGAUGCCUGGACGCUCUAUAACCAGCAGCAUGCCUGCCAACGUGGAUUGUUCUUCAUGGAGGGCGCCGAGUGGCUGCACAACCGACGCAUACUUAAUCGCCUGCUGCUCAACGGAAAUUUGAAUUGGAUGGACGUGCAUAUUGAGAGCUGUACCAGACGGAUGGUGGAGCAGUGGCGGAGUCGCACGGCGGAGGUGGCGAUGGCGGCGAUUCCGCUGGAGGAGGGAGGCGAGAUCCGGAGCUACGAGCUGCCCCUGCUGGAGCAGCAGCUCUAUCGCUGGUCCAUAGAGGUACUGUGCUGCAUAAUGUUCGGGACCAGCGUGCUCACCUGCCCCAAAAUCCAGUCCGCCCUGGAUCACUUCACCCAGAUUGUGCACAAGGUUUUCGAGCAUAGCUCGCGUCUGAUGACAUUUCCGCCCCGUUUGGCCCAGAUGCUGCGCCUGCCCAUCUGGCGCGACUUCGAGGCCAAUGUGGAUGAGGUGCUGCGCGAGGGGGCCGCCAUCAUCGAUCACUGCAUCGGAGUGCAGCAGGAUCAGAAGCAACCACAUGAGGAGGCCCUCUUUCAGCGUCUGCAGGCGGCAGAAGUGCCAGGCGAGAUGAUCAAGCGGAUAUUUGUGGACUUGGUCAUUGCAGCAGGUGACACGACCGCAUUUAGCAGCCAGUGGGCUUUGUUUGCCCUUUCCCAGGAACCGCUGCUCCAGAAACGCUUGGCCAGAGAGCGAUCCACCAAUGAUUCUCGGCUGCUGCAUGGCCUGAUCAAGGAGUCACUGCGUCUGUACCCCGUGGCGCCCUUCAUUGGUCGAUAUCUGCCCCAGGAUGCGCAAUUGGGCGGGCACUUCAUCGAAAAAGACACAAUGGUGCUGCUCUCGCUGUACACGGCUGGGCGCGAUCCGUCUCACUUCGAGCAGCCGGAUAGGGUGCUGCCGGAGCGCUGGUGCAUCGGCCAGUCGGAGCAGGUGCAUCAGUCACACGGCAGCCUGCCCUUCGCCAUUGGCCAGCGGUCUUGCAUCGGUCGCCGUGUGGCAAUCAAGCAGCUGCACUCCCUGCUGGGCCGCUGUGUCUCCCAGUUCGAAAUGAGAUGCCUCAACGAGCAGCCCGUCGACAGCGUACUCCGCAUGGUAACCGUGCCCGACCAGACGCUGCGGUUGGCCCUACGGCCCCGAACCGUGUGAUACAGUCAUACCCGCAUUAACAUAAUCAUAAAAUAGCACUAAUCGUAAUCGUAAUUGUAAUCGUAGUUUCUUUAGUUUUAUACAAAUAUAUAAAUGUCACCUUUAGUAA